CCCGUUCGGAGUAAUACAUGAAUGAGACCAUAAAAUUCAAGCGCAACGCGGGACGUUCUCUUUUCUGGGUGCCCCAAAGCGGAGAGUGGCCGGAGAAGACACCAUUGCCGAAAGCACACAUCGUUCGUCGAACUGACUGUACCCGAGCGGACAGCGAGAUGAAGGGUACAGCAGGACUUAUGCUUCUAGCCGUGCUGUCGCUGUGCGGCUGUCCACAAACUACUGCAGCAAGUGUGCAUACGGAUGACUUUCCUGCAAUUGUGGAUGACUUUCCAGGCUACUUCGCAGAACUGGAGAAGAAUAAACCGAUCAACUGGACAAGUACGCUAAACCUUUUGUCCACUGGCCAGAUCAGCCAGGCGUGUUACAGCCAUACCUACAUCGUGCAUAAUGAUACUACACUGGCCAAGUCUUACGCCCAAUUUAUGCUGGACAGCACAGGGAAACUGACACCUUCGGGAGUAUUCGAAGGCAACUGGUUGGACAUCGGAAACUACAAAGAGUGCACAGAGGAUGCUAACAACGCUGUGGACAGGCCGGAAGAUAUCCAGGCCAUGUACUGCCUUGUGUCGUGGGCAAAAACACCGGAGGCCGCAGAACUGAAUCUAUAUGAUAGUGAUGCAAACUUCAGACAAGGUGUCUGCGUUCCUAAAUCUUGCAGUGAAUCCGAAGUACAAGACCUCACAGAAACAGGCUUUCUCGGAGUGAAGCCGAUGCCAUCCUGGCUUCCGGUUAACGUGUACUGUCAGAGGGAGGAGACUUACGCCACAUACUCAACUGGAGCGAUUGUUGCGCUGACUGUUAUCGCCAUCAUCCUCUGCGUUCUUGCAGUCAGCACAUCUUAUGAGUUAUUCAUCACCAUCCGGUUUCCUGAGGAGGAGCGAAAACCAUUUACCACCUCACGAGUUGGCCGGUUCUGUCUGUCCUGUUCGGUGUACUCCAACACGAAGAAGGUGUUCAACACGUACCAGCACCCCGGACAACUUCCGGCGCUUCACGGCAUUCGGGUUAUCAGCGCACUGUGGAUCAUCUAUGGCCACGUAUAUGGCUUUCCCCCCAUCGACACAGCUAACAAGGUUGAAAAAACGGAAGAUGGAAAGCAGUGGUGGUUCUUGAUCAUCCGCGGUAACUAUGACAUGGCAGUCGACACAUUCCUUCUGCUCAGUGGUUUGUUGGUGACGUAUCUCUUCAUGAAGCAGAUGAAGAAGACGGGUGGACAGUUUACAUGGAGAGACUAUGGUCUACACGUCUUACACCGUUAUUUCAGGUUGACACCAGUGUUGGCCCUCCUGAUCAUGAUUUUCACGUGCCUGAUUGCGUACAUGGGGUCUGGGCCAUGGUGGGCUAUCCGUGAUAACUUCACCAUGGACUUUGUGCAAAACUGUGAGAAGUACUGGUGGGCGAAUCUGCUGUACAUCAACAACUUUGUCGGACAAAGGUGUUUUACUCAUGGCUGGUACCUUGGUGCGGACAUGCAGCUGUACGUAACACUUACAGGGCUACUCGUAGUGCUUUACAGGUACCCAAAAGUUGGAGUCGCAGUUGCCUGUUUUUUGAUCGGAUCCAGUUGGCUUCUAAAUGGAAUUUUGUACCAUUUCCUGGUCAAUGUGAAUGGAGAAAGCUACAGUUACACGACCUACCGAUGGUCGUUCACCAGGAUGGCUCCAUACCUCAUCGGCAUACUGCUGGGCUACCUGCUCUUCAGGACCAACAGGAAAGUCCCGGACACUCCUAAUACAAGGGGGUUGAUGUUGCUGGGUUGGAUUGUUGGUACUACCUGCGCUCUGGUGGCCUUUUUCACCCCAUUCGGUGCUCCCGAAGCCAACCUUCUCGGCCAUCCCGCCUGGAAAGCCUUUGAAAGAAGUUUGUUUGCUGCAGGAGUUGCUUGGGUUGUGUACGCAUGCUGUGUGGGAUACGGAGGUAUCAUCACAGAGUUCCUGUCGUGGAGUGGCUGGCUGCCGUUAAGUCGCCUGACCUACACGGCGUACAUCAUACAUCCCAUGAUCAUACAGGCCUACUACAUGGCUUACAGGGGCCCACGGUUGUACUCAUCCCUCACCUGGUGGUUCAUGUUUGUGAGUUUCUCCUUCAUGUCUCUCUUGUGUGGUUUUGCUGCCUCCAUGAUGGCGGAGGCUCCCUUCCUGGAGCUGGAGAAGAUCCUCCUUCCCAAUCGCAGGGGCAGAGAGGCUAAACCUGAGACAACUGCAGAGGACGGUCAUGACAGUAUGGCCAUGAAAGCAGUUGAGUGUGACCCAGACCCACCACUGCCACCCCAUGACGGCAAGGGCACCUCUGGUCCUAAUGGAUGUUAGAAAUGACUUCAACAUUUUUGUCUGCAGUAGCAAGGGGAACAGUCAUGGAACCGUCAACAUGGAAAUCCAUUUUAGGCUAUAGGCCUAGGUGGCAUUGAUCUUCGCUAACAUUUAAUCAUAAUUCAAGUAUUAUAACCAUUUACAAUGUCAUGUCACCCAUGUGAGACCUUGCAUAUCUUGGUGGACUAACAUUUACAACAUGACAAUAUUUGUGCCAUAUUUCAUUAAAUUAGACGGUAUCGGUGUAACAUUAAUUAACACAAUGGCAAAUGCUUCAAAUUCCAAGCUUUUUACUUGGACCUAUCCCACAUUUGCAAGAGAGAACAUUACACAGUAAUAACUAAUAUCACUAGAGAUUUGGAGAUUAACAUACAAAUUAAAGUAUUUUUUAAGCUUUUUUUUUCUUCAUUCUAAAAUAUACCAAGAAACUAAGACUAGUGUCUAUGCAGUCUCUACUAUUGCAUAUGGAGUGAUAAGAUAUAUUAGAAGAAUUACAUGGGUAACGUUAACUACAUGCAGUACAGGCUCUGUACAGUCUAUGUACACAUGGGUUCUGGUACGUCACAUGGGCAACGGCACCUAUCACAUGGGCAAUGGCACCUAUCACAUGGGUAAUGUUGUAUGGGUAGUGGAACAGUCAGAAAAGACAAAUAGUACAUUUGUCAAAUACUGAGGAGCUUAAGGCCUUGGCAUAUGUACAAUCUAUUACUACAUUAUGAUUACUUAAUUGAAGUCUUUGUAAGAUUGUACAUAAAUUUCACAAUGAAAUGAAUAAAUAGAAUAGCAAAAUGUGAACAUCACAAUUCAUGACUAAUGACAAUUUAUAUCCAGUUUUUGUCAAAUUGGAUUGAAAAAUAGAAAUCACUAACCUGAUGAUCGAUGGUCCUUAAAAUCCACUAAAAUGUAGCUGGCAUUCACGCAGCAAGUGAAGUGAUUUGUUUGCUUCAUACAAGGAGGUUUUUUUUAACCUCCUUGCUUCAUACAUAACCAACACAGCUUUAUUUACAUGAUGCUCACUUCAGAAAAUAAAUUUAUUGUCCUUAUCAA